AUGUCCCCUAAACAGCCCAGGAGGAACAGCACUAUGCCCUCAGCCCGAGGCAAUAAUGGCUAUUUCGACUCGAUUACUCAUUUACUGAGGAGAAACUAUGGAGGAAGUCCUCUCGGAUACGAUGAUCGGGAUAGGGACUCGAUGCUCUCGGUACCCUCUGUCUCGGACUCCAAUCGCUUUGAGGAAUUACAGCGCAAGCUGGAUGAGACGACCUCUGCGUUAUACAGCAAGGCGCUUGCUGUAGACGAGCUUCAGGGUCGCUUCAACGGUCUGAAGUCAUCUUUGAAUGAGUCUCAAACGGAGUUGGAGAUCUAUCAAUCUGCUGUGCAGUUGCUGAAGGAGGAAAAAGCGAGGCUGGAAGCUGAAAUUGCCGGCGUCAAGAGCAAUUUGAGUGAUUUGCAGACGGAACAUGCCCAGUCGUUAUCACAACUUGGAGCCGCUCGCGAGCAGCUCGGCGAAGCAACUAGGGCUGCCGAUACGCUCCAGAAACAAAUCGGCUUCCUAACCUCCUCGUUGGACAAUGCCUCCGCGGAAACCAAAGCCAAACACUUCGCAAUACAGUCUCUGGAAGAAGUCAAAGCGCAGUUGGAGGCAGAAUGUGCUGGAGGGAGAGAGAGUCUAGCCAGCCUACAGGCAGUUCACGCGGAUUGCCUGUCUCAACUUGAAGCUCUUCAACUUCAGUCUGCUCGAAAGGAAGACGUUCUGGUGGCCGAACAUGCUGCUCGAGUUGGUAGUGAACAAUCGCUCAAAGCAUUGCAAGCGACAUAUGGCAAACUUGAGGCCUCCCAUUCCCGGACGCAGCAAGCUUUGGAGGCUAAGAGUUCCGAGCUCGAUGCCAUGUUGAGGCAUGCUGACUCCCUCACUGAGGAAGUCGGGUCUAUUCGAGCUAAGCGCGAGGAAGACGCACAGCGGAUAUGCUCCCUCGAAGCAGAGCUCACAGGUUUAGAAGAGGAUAGAAACGCACUUCGGAUCGAACAUGAUUAUUCACUGGAACGUAUCAGAUUUUUGGAUCAGGAGAUCAUGGAUGCUAGAGCGGAGUUGGAGCAAGCUGUGAGGCAGACCCGGGCGAAGGAGGCUGAACUCAGGCAAGCUGGCGCGCAUUCCCAGUCACUCUCCAGGGAGCUCGAUAUCGCUCGGAAAAAGUCGUCUCAGCAGGGUUCGCGCAUCCAAGAGCUUGAAUCGAGCUUCGCCGAGUUGACUGAACAGAAAGCUCAGGAGCUUCAAGCCAAAGAUGUUGAGCUACGCGAUGCGAAUGUGCGCUAUCGAGCACUUUCAGAAGAUUUGGAUGGUGUUCGUGAAGAGACAGCUCGACAGGCUGCUCAUAUUGAGCAGCUCAAGGCUGACUUGGUUGGCAUGACCGAGCUGUAUUCUCAAGCUCAGGACGAUGCUCGGGCCGCUGAAGAAGAACAUCUGCGGAAGCUCAAGGGAGUAGAGAGCGACCAUCAGGCAGAACACAGCAAGUUGUCUGAGGAAGUGAAGAAGCUACAGGCACAACUUCAGGCGCAGGAGAAGCACCAUAUGGACGAGCUAGAGGUCAGCAACGCUGCCCAUUGCGAUGAUAUCGCCACAUUGCUUGCAGAGAAAGCCGAGCAAGAGCGUAUCAACGAAAGUUCCAUCCGCGAAAUCAAGGAACUACAGGCUGUCCGCGAUAUCGCCAGAGCCGAGACACGUGCCCUUGAGGCAGAGCUCGCGGAGAUCAAGGCCGUGCUGAGAGCCACGGAGGAUGAGCUUUCCCAACACAACUCUUCCCUUUCGUCGGCUACGCACGAAAGACACGCACUCAAGAAACAACUCGAUGAGGCGCGCAAGCGCAUGGGCGGAAAGGACGCGAUCAUCGAGGGCCUUUCCACCGAACUCUCUCAUGCCCGCGACGCCCACGCUGCUCUGAGGGAGACAUUCCUAGCGACAGAUGGCCGCGCAAAGGAACUGGAGGAACUCGCGAGGAGUCGAGAUGAGGAGGUCGUGCACCUUCGCGCCAUUCAUCAUGAUGAGCUCGCUGCGUCUGACGCCAUGGUGUCGGAGCUGCGCAGCCAGUGUGACGCGAUCCGAUCUCAACUUGAUGAGCUUGAGGGAAUCAAUGCGUCCCUGAAGAGUCGACUGGAAGGUUCGGAGGGGCAGGUCGCGAACAGCAGCCGGAAACUAGAACAGGCGGAGAAGGCUAUCUCCGACACUAUGGAAGCAUUGGCUACAGCCUCGCAAGAGGCGGAGUCGCUAAGAGCACAGCUUACCGAACUGCGUCAACAGUUCGCCGCUGAUGAGAAGGCGAAGAGCCAGGAGAUCUCCCGGCUCUCGAAGGAGCUAUCCGAUGUCAAGGCCUCACGGGCGGCUCUCGGCAAGACGCUGAACGUGACGAAGGAGCGGUUGUCCAAGCAGCAGGUGCUGGCCGCUGAGGAUAGCGCCAAACGACGUGAAGAGGAAUUCGGACGGCUGCGCGCCGCUCAUCAGUCAGCUAUCAACGAGCUUCAUGCGAAGCAUAGGGGCGAGAUCCAGCAACAGGUAAAGACAUCCCUCCAGGAGAUCGAGCGACGCGAUGCUGAGCUGUCAGCCCUGCGAGGUGAACUCUCUGCAGCAAGGAGCGCUGCGCGGGCCGCCGACGAGCAGGUGCAAGCCGUGAAGGCGCAGUUUGACCUGCUCUCGCAGAGCGCAACGGAGCUCGAGACGACCAACAACGGGAUGAUCACGGAUAUGCAGGAUACGUAUCGGAAGCAAGUCAUGGCGCUACAGGCGGAGAAGGCUGAGCUGCAGCGUCUCCACGGCUUGCAGAUGCAGGAACUGAGGAUGCAGCAUGAGCGGGUGCAUUCCGCGAUGAGGAGUCGUCUCAGUGCCACUGGUGUCUUCGGCGGGUUCCUGGCCCUCAUUGUGGCUUUCAUGGCUUGGUAUCUUUGA